UUUACUCCCAUUCUUAAAAAAAUAAUCGUCCAAGCGCCAUCUCCACACAACAACAACACUCUCUCGUGCUAAACACGACGGUCGAGUCUGCCUCAAACUUGAAAACAAAAGAAAACCACAAACUUGAACUUGAAAAAAAAAACGGACUUGAUCUUGAAAAACGACUUUAUACAUUUAUUUCUUUUAACAGUAUCCAAAUUUCAAAUGAUUUUGUCACCACAGUGUAAUGUUCAGAGUUGUAAUGGAAAAGAAGGCGUGGGUGAUAAUAAUUCGUGUACAUAAUAUGAAUGAGUUAUAGACUGUGAUUGUGACACAAAUUUGUGAUUACUUUAGUGUGAUAUUUUCCAAGUAUAACAAUACGUUGUUUACAGCGUGAUAUAAACCACCAGCCUUUUGUCUUAAGGCUAUACACGUCUUCUACCUCAAACUACCGCAAGUCUGAACAAAGGCACCCGUCAACGCUUUUUGUUGUAUAUAUAGACCCAUAAAUAUUUAUUUAUUAUAGAUUAAGAUUUUUAUUUAUUUACAUAUUUGUGAUAUAACGUUACAGUUUUCUGUACAAGAUGACUUAUAGAACGGAAUUAGUCUUAUUUCUAAUAGCUUAUCUGAUAAUACUCAAUAGCGUAGGAAUCAGAUCUCAAAACAACGUGGAAAGCCCUUGUCCGUCUGUUUUUCGUUACCAGUACGACAAUCAGAACGGAUUGUAUGGAGAAAUUCAGAUUAUAGUACCAACUAGUACAAACAAGGUUAUUUUGAACCUAGAGAUGUCAAUUGGAAAUGCUGUGCAGGGAUAUAAUGGAAAAAUAGAAGUAAGCAAUCCAAAAUCCUCCGCUAUUAACAUAUCCAACGGACGUCCACUGGUGUAUUACGUAUAUUUCCCAGUAUGGCAGAACAUACCUCCAAAAAUUACGCAGAUCGUGGUCAAUGACAAUCUGAUCUGUACCGGACCCAAAGUUCCCAUGAACUCAGUGCCUUUUAUAACGACUGUGAACCUGCAACAUACGUUAAGGAUUAAUAUUUCACCACUGUCGAAUUCAAAUCUAGCCCCAGAAAAUAAUCUGAUACCAGUGAACAAUAAUUAUAAUGCAGGAGAACCACCCGAUAGUACUUCGUUUCAUUUCUACGAAAUAGACCAAUACGGAAACGAAAAGCGACCAACAUACACUGAGAAAAACAAAUUCAACUUCAACCCCACGCUACCACCGAACCAGUUCAAUUUUCAACCGAAACCGCGUCCUCAAAAACCAGCCACCGAAAGUUCUUCAGAUGUUUACAACGAAAAUCCAUUUUUCACUAAUGGCAAUAUUUAUAAUACUGGAAAUAAUGGGCAAACACCGAAUACGGGCAGUAUUGUUCACACAACUAGGCCAACUCCACCACCCUUUAGGCCAACUCCAGCACCCUUAAGGCCGACGCAAACCAUUCCUGCCAUAGCCACACACACGGAACCACCUCGGCCUUCAGAACAGUCAAUAGACUUCCCAGAAGACAUCGAACUGGCAUCGAAAGAUAGCGUACAACCUGUCAGGCCAAUGGACGAUGUGUGUGGACAAUCUUUGACGACCAAUCAUUUGAUUUUCAAUGGAAAGCUUGUACCAAGGGGGGCUUAUCCGUGGUUGGUGGCCGUUUUUCAGGUGAAAACUACUGGUGUCAACUAUAUUUGUAGUGGAUCGCUUAUUUCAACCAAACAUAUUGUUACUGCUGCUCAUUGUGUGGAGAUCGACCACAGAAAACUUCGACCUCAAGAGGUACUACUGAUCCUGGGAAAACUGAAUAUCCACAAAUGGAUACCAGUACGAGGAGAAAAGAUAGUGGAACCGGAGUCCAUACACAUUCAUCCGGAUUACGAAAGCUUAACCAGUGACGCAGACAUAGCUGUUUUAAUUCUUGGAGAAUCACUACAAUUUACUAAUUAUAUACGACCUGUGUGUCUUUGGAUGGGAGAUACGGAUUUAAAUUAUGUCGUUGGCCAUUCUGGUACAAUUGUUGGUUGGGGAAAAGAUGAAAAUGGUGUUCUAAUGACAGAAGAACCAAAGCAAACAGAUCUACCUGUAGUCAGCCAAGAAAAGUGUUUAGCUAGUAAUCUCCAGUUCCAUUAUAUAACAUCAAAUAGAACAUUUUGCGCGGGGUUCAGAAAUAAUACUGGCCCUUGUAAUGGCGACAGUGGUGGAGGAUUUGUAAUGAAAUGGGAUGGAAGAUGGAUGUUGAGGGGAAUCGUUUCGUUGUCCAUAUCCGAAUCAAACACAAAGAGCUGUGAUCUUUCAAAUUAUGUUGUGUUUACAGACGCCAGCAAAUUUUUGAACUGGCUUAGGUCCUUUCUUAAAUAAAAUCAUUAAAAAUAAAUAA